AGUGUGGCAUUCCCACCUGUAACUUCAAAACGCAGCGGAUUUAAUAGGUUCGUUGGUGGUUGUGACCACUCAUCCACAGUCAGCAAGCUGGAUGCUCUCCUGGCCUCAGACUUCUCCAGGUUUGGCCACCCCUCGUUGGCCACCACGCUGGACUUCCUGCAUAUGAGCCACCUGAAACGCAAGCGGAAGAGCAACUACAGCGCGAAGGAGACGCAGGCCCUGAUCUGCGAGAUACGCAAGCGCAGGCACAUCCUCUUCUCCAAGCAGCAGAACACCGCCGUCAAGGAGCUGAAGCGCAGGGCUUGGGAGGAGGUGGCAGACUGUGUCAACGCUCUGGGCGAGGGUGACUUACGCACUGCCGCCGAGGUCAAGAGGAGGUACCUGGACUGGAGGGUGCUGAUGAAGAGGAAGCAAGUCAGAGCGGAGCUGUCUGAUCUCAAGGAUGAGAACGAUCUGUCCUUCAGUGGAGAAAAUGUGCUGAGCAGGGGAGACCCACCUCCGGACCUCAGUGGCUUCCCCAAGGACCUAGACUGUGAUUGGCAGAAUCUCUCUGACGUGGAAAAGAGCAGCUGCCACCUGUCUUCUGGAGCCAAGGGUGAGGGUGGAGAAGAAGAGUAUGAAGACUCUUCUGUGAACGAGGAAGAUCAUUUCCUGCUAAUGCUGCCAGACGUAGACGGGGAGGGGUGUGUACCGGAGGUGUUCUCUCGCAUCGACGAGUUUGGCUUGCGGGGUAGCGCCAAGGGCAGUGCCGCCCGUGGCUCGACGGCAGAGCUGGAGGGUGUGGGCGUAGCAGGGCUGGUGUUAGGGUUGGGUGGUGUAGAGAGCAUGGACCUGCUCAUUGCUGUGGGGAAGCAGCGAUUGGAACUGGAGAGGUGUCGCCUGCAGGUGGAGAUGGAGCGGCUGCAGGUGGAGAAACAGCGGCUCCUGGUGGAGAGGGAGAAGCUGCAGCAGGUGGAGGUGGAGCGCGAGCGCCUGCGGGUGGAGAGGGAUCGUCUGCAGGUGGAGAGAGAGCGCCUGGUCUUCCAGGCGGAGCGACUGCCGCCUGCCUCCCCCGAGGGCUGCGAGAAGGAGAGGAAGGCGUGGCAGCCGCCACCGCCGGCCCAGCAGCGGCCUGCCACCAGCCUGGAGGCGGAGCGACUACAGCUGGAGAAGGAGAGGCUGCAGCUGGAGAAGGAGACACUGACGUUCUUCAAGUUUGAGUCUGGCCGCCUGCAGAUCGAGAAGGAGCGCUUUCAGGUGGAGAGGGAGAGGAUGCAGCUACAGAAAGAUGGACAGCAGCUGGCACUCCACCAAGGGCAAUAGGACUGAAACAUGACUGGGGAAUCUGCAGCACAUAAACCUCCUUUGGGGAGGUAGUGGACGUGGAUGUGGACAGAGGUGGGUAACCCGGCUUCAAAGAGUAAAAAGACUGACCAUGUAUUUUCUCCAGCACCAUGCACUAAACCAGCUGAUUCUAAUUAGCAUAACUCUUCAGUAUGAUAGGAGAACUAAUUAUUGUAAUCAGCUGGUUUAGUGCAUGUUGGUGGAGCAAAUACAUGGUCAGUCUUUUUACUCUUUGAAGCUGGGUAACCCACAUCUGGAUGUGGAAGGGGAGAGAGUCAUGGGGGCAGAGUGUGGUUUACUUUCUUAAUGGAAAUGAAAUGCACAGUAGAGAGCAGUUUUUUAGCUUCUUCAUCUCUGUGGUUUCGGGCCACUGCAGUAACCUUACUUCCCUCAAACAAACCCCUCACCUUUCCAGUCAGACUAAUUCUGAAUGAUCAGGCCUUCUGGUUCGUAUAGUAUGGAAAAGCCUUAUAGCUUACCGCACUAGCUCUGUCCUUCAUGCAGAGGUAAACAUUAUUUAUUUUAUCUCAACCUUUUAUAUGUUUUUCUAGCUGUGCCCUUAGGCUUUGUUGUGCUAAUGUUACUGAUGCUGAAGUGUAGCCAGAGCAUGAUGCCAGCAGCUUGUGCAGGGUCACAUUGUUCAGAGGCUUGGGCACGAGGCCCAGUUCUCAGGAUGGAUGGCAUGAUGGGCCUUACACCAGGGGGCGAUGUUGCUUCAGCAGUCAAGCACAGGUGACAAGAAUCUGUUUUAUACUGCUCUGUGGCUGAUGUGUUGUAUUCCUAUCAUAUGGACCUGCCUCUCUAUUUACUAAGUACGUUUAAUUGUAACAUUAGUUGUAACGGAAAGACUUAAGGACCAUAAAUUGGUUUUCAGUCUGGACUACAUCCAUUUCAGUGUUGCACAAUUUUUGGGAAUUCUUUGUGCUGUAUAAAUGACGUUUUAUACUUGAUUAUAUGAUUUCCAUGUUUCUAGUUUUUCCCCAUAGUGCAUUACAAAUAAGCUCACUAGAUUAUUUUUCAAGAUAUACAAACCUCCGUAUUAUUUCUUGCAUGUUAAGUCCUCGUAAUUUUGACAUCUACGCAUGCAAAUUUCAUAAACAGGAAUGCGAUGUGGAACAAAAAAAUGGUUAUUCAUUAUGCAACAUGACUUGAAAUUUUCACUUUUUCAUAAAUUACAGUACGACAAUGAAAACUGUUAAUGAAUCGGCACAAAAAUAUUUACUUUGAAAAACAGGUAUGGAUUGAUUGUAGAUGAUUUUUUGAUUCCACAAGUACAGAUCAAAGGAAUGUCCUCUCAGCUUUAUAGAUAUAAAACAAUGUUUCAUCGUCUACAUGUUUUUUUAACAUAACUGUUUAUGCUGUAGUGGGUGUCUAUCAGAGCAUGUUGAAACUCACUAUUGAGACAUAAUUACACUCAGGAAGGAGUUUACUGACUGGGUUCAAUAAACAGUCUCAUGUUUUUGCAAUUUCGCAUAGCAAUUUGAGAACGGGAGGUUUUGCAUUGGUUCAACAUAGUUUGAGAAGAUUGUUUUUAAUUAUCUGUUUGGAUAAAAAAUGUUUGGUACUCUGGAUUGAACUGUAGUCUGCUGUUUGGUGGGGAAUCCCAGUCUUAACUGCUUGGUAACAUGGGUAGCUUUCAUGUGAUUUUUUGUGUCGGCAUACAAAUUUGCUACAUAAAUACUGCGAUCAGUAAUUUGUAAAUAUUUGUCAUUUAUUUUGUGUCGUACUGCCCUUUGUGCAUAAAAAGCUGGCAAACUCAAAAGACGAUACAGAUGUACUGCUAUUGAUUAGGCCCAUUUCAGAAAAUACAGAAUAAAAACGCCCCACUAUAGUGGUGGAUUUGUUGGC